AUGUCCAAAGGUUCAACUAAAUAAUCAGCUACUUUGGAGCUAUCAUAUUAGGUUCCAUCCAGCACAGGGGGGUUCUUGCCAGCUGAUCCAAUUAAAUUCUGCUUGCGUUUUAAGCCACCCACCAUAGCUAUAGUGUAUUAGAUACUUCACUCAUAAAAGGGUCAGAGAAAAUACGUGCAUGAAAUCAAAGUAGACUUGAAAGAGAACAGUGACAUCAACAAACUUUGCGAGGAAUUGUUUGUAAAGGAAAGAACUUACUUUAAUCCUUAAAAAAUCAGCAGGCAGUAGGUGCUUGAUCUUCUAAACAAAUUGUAUUCUUAGCUGUACAAGUAAAAUAAAGAAAACAAAAUUUAAGCUAAGCCUGAAAUAAAAGAAGAAGAGUAAAGAAAGCCAGCAGUAUAAGAAAAAAAGAAAUUCCCUGCUUAUGAUGAAUAGUUUGACGAUAGCGAUGAUGAUGUCAAGCCUAUUAAGAAAAUUGAACCAGUUAAGAAUGAACCCUCAAAAGAUAAGAAAGGCAAUAUGUUAGAUGACUUUGAUGAUGAAGAUGACACUGAUCCAUGGAAUUUAGAAGCAUAAAAGAAGAUCUAACAGAAACCUGCAGAAAUAAAGCCUAAUUUAAAUUAAUAAGUGCAAGACAAUAAAAACAAAAAUAAUCCUUUUGAUCAAAAGGUUAAGCCAGCUUUUGAUGAUCUUGAGGACAUUGGAUUCGAACUUGACUCUGAUAGACCAAUUGAAUUCAACAAUAAUAAAUAGAAAAAGGAUGAAGAUAAGUUUAAUGAUCUGUUUGGAGGUAACAAAGGAAAUCAAAAGAGACAAGAGACUGAAGAUAAUGGUCUUUUUGUAGAUAACGAUUUCGGUGAUGAGUUUGAAGAUGACUAUGAGAAUGAUUUCGAUGAUGAAAAUCAAGCAAGCGAAUAAAAAUCUAAAAAGGUACAUAAAGAUGAGGAUGAGGAGGAAGAUAUUUUUGAAAAAUCUAGGUCUAAGGAUAACAAAAAGGCUGAUGAGUAAAAGCCUGCCAAGGAUGAACUAAAAGGUGAUAAUCAAAUUAAAAAUGAGGUCAAAGCAACAGGAAGUCUUGAACCAGAUGAGGAUGAAGAAGAAGACGAAGAAGAUGGAGAUGGAGAUCCAGAGAGUCAAGCUAGAUUAAUAAAUGAAUAAUUCAAUCAAAUAUACGAGAAUGAUCCCUAACUCAGAUAAGUACUAGGAAAUGAGAUCAAUGGACUUUCCUUAGAGGAAAAGUAUCAAAUCAUGACAGCCUAUUUGAAUGGUGGCGGUGUUCAAGGUUUACUUGGAGAAGAUGAUGAAAAGGCUGGUAUUGAUGACGAUGAUGCUAGAGCUAUUGAAAAUGAGUUUAAUACAAUUUAUACUAGUGAUUCUAAACUCAGAGAAAUUUUACAAGGUCAAGAUCCAACAAAACUCACAUUGGAAGAAAAAUAUGAAAUACUAGCUGCUUACAAGAAAGGUGGUGGAGUUCAAGGACUUCUUGGAGGUCUAGAAGAGGAGGAAGAAGAGAGUAUUAUUGAACACAAUGGUCAGAAGUUCAAGAGAGUAUAAAUUGAAGGGGAAGCUUAGGAGUACCUAAUGGAUGAAGCAGGAAAUAUAUACGAUGGUGAAUUUAAUUUUAUCGGGCAAGCCAACAACUCUGACGAGGAAGAUGGAUGA